AUUUUAGCAUUCGUCGUUGUAUUUUUUUCGCCUUACUCCCUAGACCCCGACCAGCAGACGACCCGUCUUUAUGAGACUUUUUUCUGGAAUGAAAAAAGGAACCCGUCUUAUAUUCGGGUCAAUAUUAGAGAGAUGUACAAAUUAGAUAAUACAUUGUUAGAGCCAUUAACGACAACAACUUGAGGAUAAAACACAGGAACUUACAUGAACCUGGUGGGCGCUUUAGGCACGAUACCACUUACUGCAGAGGGGAUUCUGCUCCACAUCUCAUUGUGGCAGGAUUGCAGUGCACCGGGCUGUUGCGAGUGAGGGGAGCAUCCAGACUGCUGUGAGCGAGGGGUGGGGUCCGGCUACACUGGUACCACCACACACGUAAGCCGACAUAGAGAGGCACAAAACGGCAGGGGCGAGGGGGGGAGAUCUCAACUGAAGAGCAAUAUUACACGGGAUGAAAGGAGACACCCCACUGAACAGCACCAUGAGUGUCGGCCAGGCCAGGAAGCUGGUGGAGCAACUGAAGAUCGAGGCGAGUUUCUGCAGGAUAAAGGUUUCCAAGGCAGCGGCCGACCUGAUGGCCUACUGCGACGCCCACGCCUGCGACGACCCCCUGAUCACACCUGUGCCCACCUCAGAGAACCCCUUCAGGGAGAAGAAGUUCUUUUGUGCUCUACUUUAAGGCCAAUCAGGGAUUGUGAUUAUGAUUUGAAGUACAAAUGUAUAGUGUGCACACGUACCUGCAAUCAAAAUAAGACAUGGAUGAACUAUACGGUACUUGCCUACGCUGCCCACGCGCAGCUAACGAUCUACUACCAACUAGAUUGUCUGUCUGCGUUAGAGACCCCUGAUGAUUGACGUGAGGCGUCAUCGGGACUGAAGGAAAAUAAACGUUUCAAAAACCAAUUCAUCUGCAAGGAAAGAUCUAACUUGUAAAUAGGGACAUUUGGGUCCACAUGGAAAGCGAGCAUACGUUCCCGUGGAAGGGAAGCUAACGUAACAAGUUUAAUCGACGUACUUUUUCAAGCUAUUUAUGACUUCAUGAGGCAGUCAUGUCAAACAAGGUUUAGCUCUUAGCGUUAGCGUGUGCGGGCGUGUGUGCGGGCGUAUCCAUACUCUAGGUGCUUUCCUGUCCCAUAUGUGCUCAAGUGUGUAGGUGUACAUUGAAGUAGCAGAACAUCCACAAUACGGAUGCUGGGUCAGCACUCCUAUCCAAAUGUAAGUUUUUGUCAUGGUCUAUACCAGGGGGCCAGGGGGGGUCCAAACUUUUUCAGAUGAUUCAGAAAAAUGUAAGGAUGUGGGGGCCCCUUUGAUAUUUUCUUUAUUCUAUUAGGACCCGGAAAUGUGUCUUCUGAGCUGUAGAAGAGUAAGCUGUGAGCGGUAAAAUGUUCCUUGAGGUAAGAGCCAUCGGUCGUGCCAAGGGCCGAUUGUAAUCGUUGCGUUUAUUAUUGUUGGGAAUGUCCGAUAAAUGUUGCCCGAUAUCGGUAUCUGAUUUUUUUUCCCAAUCUUGAAAACCGAUAUUAAACAACACAUGGUCAUUCCACCACAGGAGACGUGUCGUGUUACACAUAUCGGUAUCUCUAUCGGCUGUAUCGGAAAUUGCGAGUAGGACAACAUGGGCGUAUCUGUUUUCAAUAUCGGACAUCCCAAAUUAUUAUUAUUAUUAUUAUUAUUAUUAUUAUUAUUAUUUGGGGUGGCCAACCAGUCAGACAUCAUACACAUGAACGUCAUUCCCUCUUCCCCCAGCCAGAUUUAUUGUCCAUUCCGGAUCCAUGUUGGCGUGGAGUGAGCAAGUGUCGGUGAAGAUUCGAACCUUUGAAAUGCGAUAAAGACGUCUGACGCAAAUACCCUAAUGAGCCGAACUUUGAUAUGCUUUCCCGAGCGACACGGAAAAGGGCAAAGAGCCGGCAGCUGGAGAGCCGAGGGGUCGCCAUCCCAAUCGGACACUGAUUAGUAUCGGCAAUUUUCGAUAGAAAAAAAAACACACCACAUUCAAACUUGAUUACAACAACCAAUCGGAAUGCGGCGGCGGUAAACUACAUGUCGGGGCGGCGACACCCGCACCGAGCCGACACGGAACGCACUUUGUCCUGUAAAACCUCAAUGGCGACGCUGAUGGACUCUGCCGGGUUCGAUCAAACCGAUUCCUGUUCGACUUCGCUUAUGUCUUUGUUUACACGCUUCGCCUGGCUGUCACUCGCUAGCUAGAGUUAUCCUCCUAGCUUCUGGUCUUCGGACUCCAAAUGUGUUUUUGCUUUUGUUUUUUAAACCAACUUAGUUGGGAGCUUGUUUUUGUCCCACGGGGGAAGUGGAAAUCAUGUUUAUGGGGUAUGUACUAAACUUUUUCAAGUGUCACGGAACAAUUUAGCUGAUUAUAUUAAUUAUGUUCACGGAUGGACAUGAAAUCUGGUGGCAAAUGUUUGUCAGCUUAGACAAUGUUACCGCUGGCUGCAGACCAGGGCUUAGUUUUUUUAUUGCUUUUUAAAUUUAAUUUAAUUAAUUCUUAUUUUUUUAUGAUUAGAAUAUGCUAAGUAGUUAAAUAAUUACUGUUAGAGUUAUAACCUGUUCAAAUAUUCAAUACAUAUAUAUCCUGGCGACCAAUAAAAAUGAAGAUGCAGGCCCUAAAUGGCCCCCAGGCCACACUUUGGACACCCCCUGGUCUAUUCCCACGUAUGUGUAUGUAUUCAUUUACCAAUAUGUUUAUUAUUGUAGAUUGCAGUGAUAUAGUGAGUGUCAUACUGGACGCUGUGUGUAUUUUUUUCCCCGGCAAAAUAUGAUAUAUUUAUGUUAUACAGAUUGCAGUUCCGCAUCACGACAACUGCAACAAUAAUUAACCCAGAGUCCCACAACAUACACAAAUAAAGCUACCAAAACAU